AUGGGGCUGAGGAGGCUCAUCUUGCGCCGUGGCCAGCUCUUCACCAUCCAGCUGGGCUUCAGCAGGCCCUUCCAGCCCCAGACAGACACCAUCACCUUCGUGGCUGAGACUGGACCUGAGCCGUCAGAGCUGCUGGGGACCCGGGCAGUGUUCUCACUCUCCCAGACUUGGCAUGCAAGUGUCUGGGGUGCUUCUGACUACACCACGGACUCCAGUUCUCUCCAAGUCUCCAUCUUCACACCAGCCAAUGCAGUCAUUGGCCAUUACACUCUGAAGAUAGCGACCUCUCAGGGCCAAGGCCACAGUGUGACUUACCCUCUGGGGACUUUCAUCCUACUUUUUAACCCUUGGAGUACAGAGGAUGAUGUCUACCUGCCAAGUGAAAUGCUGCUGCAGGAGUAUAUCAUGAGAGAUUAUGGCUUUAUUUAUAAUGGUCAUGAACGAUUCAUCACCUCCAGGCCGUGGAAUUUUGGGCAGUUUGAAGACGACAUCGUAGAUAUCUGCUUUGAAAUCUUGAACAAGAGCCUGUACUACCUAAAGAACCCGUCCCAAGACUGUUCGCGGCGGAACGACGUGGUGUAUGUGUGCAGGGUGGUGAGCGCGAUGAUCAACAGCAACGAUGACAAUGGCGUGCUACAGGGGAACUGGAGUGAAGACUACUCCAGGGGGGUCAACCCUCUGGAGUGGAAUGGCAGCGUGGCCAUCUUGCGGCAGUGGUCGGCCAGGGGCGGGCAGCCUGUCAAGUAUGGGCAGUGCUGGGUCUUUGCUUCUGUUAUGUGCACUGUAAUGAGAUGCUUGGGUGUUCCAACUCGUGUUGUUUCCAAUUUCCGUUCGGCACACAACGUGGAUAGGAACCUGACCAUUGACACCUACUAUGAUCAAAACGCAGAGAUGCUGCCAACUCGAAAACAAGACAAAAUAUGGAACUUCCAUGUCUGGAACGAGUGCUGGAUGAUCCGGAAAGAUCUCCCACCAGGCUACAAUGGGUGGCAAGUUCUGGACCCCACACCCCAGCAGACUAGCAGUGGGCUGUUCUGCUGUGGUCCUGCCUCUGUGAAGGCCAUCAAGGAGGGGGAGGUCCACCUGCCCUAUGACACCCCUUUUGUGUAUGCGGAGGUGAAUGCCGAUGAAGUCAUUUGGCUCUUCAGGGGUGGCCAGGCCCAGGAAAUCCUGGCCCACAACACCAGUUCCAUCGGGAAGGCCAUCAGCAUCAAGAUGGUGGGGUCAGACCAGCGCCAGGACAUCACCAGCUCCUACAAGUAUUCAGAAGGAUCCCCUGAGGAGCGAUCUGUAUUUAUGAAGGCCUCCCGAAAAAUGCUGGGCCCAAAAAGAACCUCUUCACCCUUCCUGGAUCUCCUGGGAUCUGGGGAUCUUGUGGCUCAGCCAGUGCAGCUGCAGCUUCACCUGGCCAGGACGCCCGAGUGGGGCCAGGACCUACUGCUGACACUGCUCAUUCGGAGGGUACCACACAGAGCCCACCCUCAGGGUCCCCUCCGACUGGUGGUGCGGUUCUGUGCACAGGCCCUGCUGCAUGGCGGUGGCACCCACGGGCCCCUGUGGAGGCACAUGAUGCAACUGAACCUGGACUCUGGGAAGGGUCUUACCUUUAAGUCUUUCAUUCCUAGUUACCUUAACCUUUUCUACUUUGACACUCUUAUUAGGAGUGAGGCCAGUGGCUCACCCUGUCUUGGUCUUCUCUCCACACAGGUGUCUGAGAGGGCUGAGGUAGGAAAGGCACUGAGAGUCCACAUCACCCUCACCAACACCUUAACGGUGGCUCUGAGUAACUGCAUGAUGGUGUUGGAAGGAAGUGGCCUCAUCGAUGGGCAGAUAGCAAAUGACCUUGGGACUUUGGUGGCUGGACACACCAUCCAAAUUCAACUGGAUCUCUAUCCCAUCAAAGAGGGGCCCCGCCAGCUACAAGUCCUCAUCACCAGCAACGAGGUCAAGGAGAUCAAGGGCUACAGGGACAUCCUGGUCGCCCCAGCCAGAGUUUCCUGA